UGAACAGUUCGACGCUGCGGAGCCAGAGCUGCGCUGCGCUGCGCUCCUGUGCGCCAUGGCCCUCACAAAUACUGGAAACCCUGUUUCUAUUCUCAACGACUAUUCGCAGAAACUGAGUUUGAAGCUGAUUUAUGAAGACCUGGGCUUUGAGGGCCCCGACAAUAACAGACAAUUCUCUAUGAGAGUCGUCCUCGAUGGGAAACCUUACCCAAAGGGUGUAGGAAAGAAAAAGAAGGAUGCCAAGCUGGCAGCAGCUGAAAACGCUCUGAAGUUGCUGCGUGAGAACCAACCUCCGGAUACAACGGAAAACUCAGCAAAUGCCACUCCCCUUGUUAGUCAAACUAUCAACUACAUAGGUUGGCUUAAUGAGUAUGGUCAAAAAAACAGGAUGCAUAUAAGACCAGUGGAAACGAUACGGCCUGGACCCCAAAAUGCCAUACAUUAUUGUAAGUUUAUAGUUGGUGACACGGAAUACCCAGAUGUUUGUGGAAAAACUAAAAGAAAAGCAAAGGAGAAAGCUGCCAAAGUGGCAUAUGAAAGAAUAAAUGCUGAUCAAUCUAGACAGGUUGGAGAUUCUUCAGGUCAGCAAAGGGACUUCACUGACUCAUCACCACAGAACAUGCAGACGAGUUCAAGUGAUUCUAUAAUAUUUUGUGAUUAUUCAAACCCUGCCGAAUCCCAGAAAAUGUUUAGAAAAAGUGGAUCUGGACGCAUUGGGUCAUCGGCCAACAUGCAAGAGCCUCCUAAGGUGUCGCAGAACGAGGCACUAGAUCCAUCCGAUCAUUCGGCUGAACAUAAUGAUGUGGAAAACCGUAUAACUGCAAAUGCAAGUACCCCACCAGUAGAGUCAAGAGUCACAUCAGACUUUGAAACCCCUACUUUCCUUGGUAAAGGAGGUUAUGGUUCUGUUUUCAAGGCAAAGGAGAAACUGGUGGACAGACAUUAUGCUGUAAAGGUCGUCUCAUAUUCAGAAAAAGCUUUUCGAGAAGUGAAGGCAUUAUCAGACCUCCACCAUGAAAACAUUGUUAGAUACUUCCACUGCUGGAUUGAGGAUUCCAAAAAGCUGCCGGAAAUCAUCCAAAGGAAACUUAAAGAUAUCACAUGUGAAAAGUACCUCUUCAUUAAGAUGGAGUUUUGUAACUCAACUCUUAAACAAUGGAUUAAAGAGAUGAAUGAGAAGGAGGUACAGCACUCCCAGAGAGGAGCAGAAAGUCUUCCUAUUGCAAAGCAAAUUGUCACUGGAGUGAAAUACAUUCAUGACAACAACCUCAUUCACAGAGACCUGAAGCCUGAAAACAUAAUGUUUGGAAAAGAUGGGAAGGUGAAGAUUGGAGACUUUGGUCUCGUCACUGUUGACAAAAGUGAGGACGUGAUGGAACGAACACAAGGACGAGGAACAAAAAGCUACAUGGCUCCUGAACAGAAGAGUAAGAGUUACGAUCAUAAAGUGGACAUAUUUGCUUUGGGACUCAUCUUCUUUGAACUCCUUUGGAAAUUCUCAACCUUCCAUGAAAAAAUGACGAUUUGGGAUGAUGUGAGAGACAACAAGCUUUCCACAGAGUUUUCCCAGGCUUUUCCCCUCGAGUGCAUAGUAAUCAAAUCUUUGCUGAGCAACAACCCAAAAGAUCGACCAGAAGCAAGCGAACUUCAGAAAGAGCUGGAAAGAUUAAACAAACAACAUAUGCACCUGGAAAAUCAAACUGUCUGACUAUCAAAAGACUGAGAGUUAGUGAGGAAGAAAUGCUGUUUUUCCUCAUGGUCUACAAAAAAAUCGAAAUGCUGCACUUAGUUUUCUUCAGUUUCAAUUUAGAUCAGUGAUUCACAAUAAGGGGUACUCGGACUGCUCUAGUGGUCUGUGACUGCAUUACAAGGGCUGCAUGAAAAUAUCUUAUUUCACAGGUAAUACAAUAAAACAGGGCUGGGAUCUAUUUUGCUUUGUGAUGACCCAACAAAAAAACCCUACCUUUUUUCAACCAAAAAGUACAAAGUUUUUUAUAUUUUUUAAUUCACCUUCAGCUUUGCCCCAUUUAAACCAAUAAAAUAGCCUGGUAUCAGCCAUUUCCCCACAUCUUAGCUCAUCAAAGCCAGCUCAGGUGUCAGGAAUGUUGAAAAAAAUAUAAAACAGAUGCAGUGAGUGUGACUAUAUACUUUUUCUAAAUCACCAUGUUUUGGGUGAAUUUAUGGGUUUGUUUUCUAUUCUCUUAAAAUGGUUCAGCUUUGUAAAAUCUUUUUUACCCUAGCAAAUGCAUGAUCUGAUGGGAUAUAUAUAGAGGAAGAAUAUAAUGGAGGAGGGCUCACUGGUUUAAGUUCUGGUAAACAAGGUGUAGUUUUUCUGAACUGUUACUCCUUUAAAAAGCACAUUUUGCCUUAAUUGAGUUCAUCGAUAUGACGCAGCUGUAAGUACAUUAAAUGAAACGAUGGGUUUCUUUUUAAUAAAAUGAUCUCUAGAGAAAUAUUCUAUGAAACUUUCUGAUACAGAUGUAUUGUGUAUUUUUUUGGUUUCCUAUAAAUGUAUUUUUUUUUAUACAUUUGGAUUUUAAUGACAGAACUGGCCUCAGUCAUUUCAACUCUACAAACCCCAUCAUGAAUCAGUACCAACAUCAGUGUAAACAAGAUAUAAUAAAAAAAAUACUGACUGAAUACUGUUUAUUUUUACCUGUUUUCUAAAUAUAAUUCCUGUUCAAUUACGGUAUAUAAAAUGCUAAAACAGAGCAAACAGACCCUCUAUACAAACUGUCAGUAAUAAUUCUACAGGUCAUAAAAAUAGUGCUUAUUUUCUACCAUCAAGAACUUCCCUUCACUACCUGACAUUAAAAGCAAGUCUGUUGUACUUUGCUGAGUACUAUUAUAGAACUGUAAACACCAUCAGAGAUGUAAAGUCUGGUUUAAACCUGAUUCAACUUUGUGUAUCCAUGAUAAAAGGAGUAACAGCAGGCUUUCUAAUAUGGUGCUGACCAUGCAUAAUACUGAUGAGGUACAUCAUUUUGUCUUUUCUUUCAUGCUGUAAAUUUACCCUUACUGGAAAGUCUCUUAUUCCCAUUUAUUUUUGUUUGUCAUUACCUUUGUGUGAAUAUUCAUGCUUCGGUGUUUCUGCAACUGGUGUAUUUCGACGCUGACAAUAAAUAAUCAUUUUAUAUCAAA